UCGUAAACCUUAUGCUAGUAGCUACGUUCAGGCUCCUAGGACGGGGUGGAAGCGACAUCAGACGUACAUCGUUUGUUGCCUCAAAAGAGGAAACAGGGAGUGGAUAAUUACACGAUAGGGUUUUUGUGUGUUACGGUGGCAGCAUCGAAACGGAAUAUCUCGAGUGGUACCUCACUGUAACCUUUAUGUGAGGUCUAAGCCCUAAAGGAGCGGGUCAUAGACGGGAGGAGAGACUCGGAGAGAAGCAUCUGGCCACAGAAGCGUGGAUAAGAGUUUUUAUUUUUUAUUCAGUCCCUGAAACACAACUACAGCCAAGCAGUUUUCCAGCACGCAGCAACAACCAUGGAGGCCAUUGCCAAAUACGAUUUCAAAGCUACUGCUGAUGAUGAGCUUAGUUUCAAGCGUGGAGAAAUCCUAAAGGUAUUAAAUGAAGAGUGUGAUCAGAACUGGUACAAGGCAGAGCUAAAUGGAAAAGACGGCUUCAUCCCCAAGAAUUACAUAGAGAUGAAAGCCCAUCCGUGGUUCUUCGGGAAGAUUCCCCGGGCCAAAGCAGAGGAGAUGCUAAACAAACAGAGGCACGAUGGGGCCUUCCUCAUCAGAGAGAGCGAGAGUGCACCAGGAGACUUCUCCCUCUCUGUGAAGUUUGGAAAUGACGUCCAACACUUCAAGGUUCUUCGUGAUGGGGCUGGAAAGUAUUUCCUAUGGGUGGUGAAGUUUAACUCCCUCAACGAGCUGGUAGACUACCACCGCUCCACCUCAGUCUCUCGCAAUCAGCAAAUCUUCCUGCGAGACAUAGAGCAAGUCCCCCAGAUUGUACAGCAUCCCACAUAUGUGCAGGCGCUCUUCGACUUUGACCCCCAGGAGGAAGGGGAGCUGGGUUUCCGACGCGGCGACUUCAUCCAGGUCCUGGACAACUCUGACCCCAACUGGUGGAAAGGAGGCUGCCACGGCCAAACGGGCAUGUUCCCCCGCAACUAUGUCACGCCUGUCAAUCGGAACAUGUAAACAGUCAGACCAUGUAUACAACAACAACAACAACAACAACAACAAACCACCACCACAACAGCAACCAUCACCACAACAGCAAACAUCACCAUAAUCAUCAUCAUCGUUCUUGAUCUCAUCAGUCCCCAUCCAACCCCCCAACCACCCCUCCACCCUUCUUCGCCAUCCCACAAUAACAGGAGCAGACAGGAAGAACGCGAACAACCGAAAGAGAGAGAGAGAGAGAAAGAGAGAGAUAAAACAGGAGUAGUGCUGUCGUAGGCGUCGCUGUGUGGGUGGCAGCUGAGAAAAAUCAACUUUAACUUGCGCUGAGAAUGUUCACCUCCCCAGUGAACGCCUCGGUCAGGAUUGAACUGUCUUUGAGGGAAAUCUAAAUGCAGAGAAACUUAAGAGUAGUGCACCAACCGUGAAGAUAACCAAAUGAUUCAACCGCUCCCACAGCUGCUUCUGUCUUCUCCUUAACUUCUUAACAUUCUGCCUUUCUUUUGUUUUUUGUUUUUUUGUUUUUGUUUUGCCGCAUGUUGUUUUAAUCACCCAAAUGAAAUGCCUACCGAUAAAU